GUUGCAGAUGGAAGAGAAGAGGCGAAAAUACUCCAUCAGCAGCGACAACUCUGACACCACUGACAGUCAUGCCACAUCGACAUCGGCAUCAAGAUGCUCCAAACUGCCCAGCAGCACCAAGUCGGGCUGGCCCCGGCAAAACGAAAAGAAGCCCUCAGAGGUUUUCCGGACAGACUUAAUCACAGCCAUGAAGAUCCCAGACUCAUACCAGCUCAGUCCAGAUGACUACUACAUCCUGGCGGACCCGUGGCGACAGGAAUGGGAGAAGGGUGUGCAGGUGCCCGCUGGUGCAGAGGCCAUUCCAGAGCCUGUGGUGAGGUGGCUCCCUCCUGACCUGGAGGCCAUUCUCUCUCCCUGCGUGGACCCCUACCUCUCUAUCUCCUUCAUCCUUCCUGUUUCCCUUGCUGACACCAGUGGUGGGCCCCUUGGCCAGGUGUCCCCAAGCAACUCCACGCUUGGUGAGGGCUCCCAGCCCGAUUGGCCGGGGGGCAGCCGCUAUGACCUGGACGAGAUUGAUGCCUACUGGCUGGAGCUCAUCAACUCGGAGCUCAAGGAGAUGGAGAGGCCAGAACUGGACGAGCUGACACUCGAGCGUGUGCUGGAGGAGCUGGAGACUCUGUGCCACCAGAAUAUGGCUCGGGCCAUCGAGACACAGGAGGGGCUGGGCAUCGAAUAUGACGAGGACGUUGUCUGUGACGUGUGCCGCUCUCCUGAGGGCGAGGAUGGCAAUGAGAUGGUCUUCUGUGACAAGUGCAACGUCUGUGUGCACCAGGCAUGCUAUGGAAUUCUCAAGGUGCCCACGGGCAGCUGGCUGUGCCGGACGUGUGCCCUGGGUGUCCAGCCGAAGUGCCUGCUUUGCCCCAAACGAGGAGGAGCCUUGAAGCCCACCAGAAGUGGGACCAAGUGGGUGCACGUCAGCUGCGCCCUGUGGAUUCCUGAGGUCAGCAUCGGCUGCCCGGAGAAGAUGGAGCCCAUCACCAAGAUCUCGCAUAUUCCAGCCAGCCGCUGGGCUCUGUCCUGCAGCCUCUGCAAGGAAUGCACAGGCACCUGCAUCCAGUGUUCCAUGCCUUCCUGCGUCACGGCGUUCCAUGUCACAUGCGCCUUUGACCAUGGCCUGGAAAUGCGGACUAUAUUAGCAGACAACGACGAGGUCAAGUUCAAGUCAUUCUGCCAGGAGCACAGUGACGGGGGCCCACGGAGCGAGCCCACGUCUGAACCUGUGGAGCCCAGCCAGGCCGGUGAAGACCUGGAAAAAGUGACCCUGCGUAAGCAGCGGCUGCAGCAGCUGGAGGAAGACUUCUACGAGCUGGUGGAGCCAGCCGAGGUGGCCGAGCGGCUGGACCUGGCGGAGGCACUAGUCGACUUCAUCUACCAGUACUGGAAGCUGAAGAGGAAAGCCAAUGCCAACCAACCGCUCCUGACCCCCAAGACCGAUGAGGUGGACAACCUGGCCCAGCAGGAGCAGGACGUCCUCUACCGCCGCCUGAAGCUCUUCACACACCUACGGCAGGACUUGGAGAGGGUUAGAAAUCUGUGCUACAUGGUGACAAGGCGCGAGAGAACGAAACACGCCAUCUGCAAACUCCAGGAGCAGAUAUUCCACCUGCAGAUGAAACUUAUUGAACAGGAUCUGUGUCGAGAGCGGUCUGGGAGGAGAACAAAGGGCAAGAAGAGCGACUCGAAGAGGAAAGGCCGCGAGGGCUCCAAGGGCAGCCCCGAGAAGAAAGAGAGAGUGAAGGCGGGGCCCGACUCAGUCCUGGGGCAGCUGGCAGGCCUGUCCACCUCGUUCCCCAUCGAUGGCACCUUCUUCAACAGCUGGCUGGCACAGUCGGUGCAGAUCACGGCAGAGAACAUGGCCAUGAGCGAGUGGUCGCUGAACAAUGGGCACCGUGAGGACCCCGCCCCAGGGCUGCUCUCGGAGGAGCUGCUGCAGGACGAGGAGACACUGCUCAGCUUCAUGCGGGACCCCUCGCUGCGAACUGGCGACCCUGCCAGGAAGGGCCGCGGCCGCACCCGCCUGCCUGCCAAGAAGAAGCCGCCACCACCGCAGGAUGGGCCCGGUUCACGGACGACUCCAGACAAAGCCCCCAAGAAGCCCUGGGGCCAGGAUGCAGGCAAUGGCAAGGGGGGUCAGGGGCCCCCCACCAGGAAGCCACCACGGCGGACGUCUUCUCACUUGCCGUCCAGCCCUACAGCUGGGGACUGUCCCAUCCUAGCCACCCCUGAGAGCCCCCCACCGCUGGCCCCCGAGACCCCGGACGAGGCGGUCCCAAUGACUGCCGACUUGAAUGUCCAAGUGCCUGGCCCUACGGCGAGCCCCAAGCCCUUGGGCCGGCUCCGGCUGCCCCGUGAGAGCAAGGUGACCCGGAGGUCGCCGGGUGCCAGGCCUGAUGCUGGGACAGGACCACCUUCUGCUGUGGCCGAGAGGCCCAAGGUCAGCCUACAUUUUGACACUGAGACUGAUGGCUACUUCUCUGACGGGGAGAUGAGCGACUCAGAUGUGGAGACCGAGGAUGGCGGGCUGCGGCGGGGUUCCCGGGAGGCAGGGGCUGAGGAGGUGGUCCGCAUGGGGGUACUGGCCUCCUAACUCACCCCAUCCCUGUCCCGGGCCCUGCCCUGGUCCCUCCACAAGGCCUCAGCCCAGUCACAACUGCCAUUUCCAGUCUCUGCUGAGUGUCCCAGACCCUCGAAGCUGCCACUCUGUUGUGGUUUUAUUUUUAAUAGAGAGAGAGUUUUGAAUUCUACACUGUCGUCUUUCCUCUGUGCUGGCCUAGGACAUUAGGAUUCCUUCCACGGCUCUGGCCGCAAGUACCAUGCCAGGUCCCGUGUACCAUCCCUGCCCCUGCCCACGUGGCACUCCUGGGCUCCUGGCUAGAUACAGGCAAGGUGGAGAAGAACCCAGGACUCCAGCCCGCUGCCACUGGGUGACACAGACUGUCUUUUGGGCAUUAUUUCCUGGCAGAUGGGCCAGUCCAGGGCCUACCCCGCCUUGCCUCUAGAUCCCACUGGGGUCCAUUUGGGGGGUCCUGCUGCACUCCACUGAUCCCCGAGGAAGUAUAAUCAGUGAUGCCCAGCCAGAGUCUACUCACUGUCACAAGCACAACGAGUUUAUAUGAGAAAGCACUGAGGGGGCGCAGAGGGCUCGCUGGUUCCAGGGGAACCAAAAGCUGUUCCUGACCAACCCCGACAUCUGAGGCUGCCCCGCCCCCUCCCCUCCCUUGCUGCUCUGCCCCUGCCAGCACCCAGCCCAGCGGCUCUGGGAAAGGGUUCCCAGAAUCCUUUCUGAGCUGUGCCACUUACUCAGGGGACUCCCAAACAGCCAGCUACCACGCAGGUGGAGGGCUGCCAGGGAGGGCCAGUGCCCAGACAGGGUCAUGGGGCUCAGACCAGCCCACUGCAGAGAAUCCCUCUGGGGCUCCAACUUCCUUCCUUCCUUCGGGGCCAGUCUCGGCCGAAGUCUGGUUACUCCCAGACAGAGCUGACCAGACCAGACCGUUUGCCUUUUCAAGUUUCCUAGUCCUGCUAAGAGAUGAGCUUCUUCCUCGGUUUCCUUCUGGAAACCCCUCCUUCCAACAAGCAGUGGGAUCCCGGGGCUGGGGCGGGCCAGUGUUGGCCCGCUGGGGCUGUUUGAAGUCUUGCUGGAUGUUCCUCUGUUCCUCUGAGCCUUAACCCCCUUCCCUGGCCACACGCCCCCCACCGUCCUGUCUUCCCCACCCACCCACCCUUAAGUCCCAGGUAGUUGCUCUGAAGAGUUUCAGUGGAGUGGCCCCAGGGUGAUAGCUCAGGGAACAAACAAAAAAGGAAUUCAGUGAAAACGUUUUUUUUUUUCUUUCGUGAAUUACGCCUGGGUCACUUCCACCACUGGUAAAGCCAGAACUUCUCCAACAAGAUCCUUGCAAAAGUCCAGUGAAUCAGUCGACUCAUUCUGUGGAUGCCAAAGAAUAUUUUGACCAUAAUACAGCACAGCCUGGACCUGACAACUUGUCACUUGGACUUUUUUCUAAAUGGAGUUCUUUAGCAACAAAGUAUAGAAACACGCUCAUUGCACACACCCAAGGAGAAGAACCCGAGCUCUUGGAAGAGGAUGCUUUUCUGCUGCUGAACCGUACCUGGGUGUUGGAUUUCAGAUCCUGGCUGGGCCCACUGUGAGCUUUCCUGUGCUCUGAGACUCACAGAGGGGAAAGAUACAGACGGUGAAACCAGCGUGGAAAAAGUCUUUACCAUGUGGUCCCCCUGCCCCACAUACACAAAGCAAAUAAGCAGGAUGGGGAACAGCUUGACCUUCAUCCACUCCCAACUCCAAAACUAUCGAGGUACGACAGUGGCAAUUGUCAUCGACACUCAAUGUCAUGUGAAUCUUAGCAAAACAGGAAACAAAGAUAAUGACUAAGUUCAGAGGAUCGGACAAAUACGUCUAGUCCGGAUGGACUCGGAGUGGGUGGGCUUCAAGGAUUCUGGGCGUUGGGAGGGCAUGAGCUACCACAUAGCGUUUAGUCUGCCUGCCCGCCUUGGUAGUAGUGACCAGUGCCGUGUCAGCAUCGGCGUCCCAACCCCAGUCUCUGUUUACUGCCUUUGAACAGACCUCCUUCCUUCCCCGUGCUUUGGGUCACCUGGGGCCACAACCUUGUCUGUAAGGGAUUGCCUGGUCUGACCCUGCAGGAAGCAAAGGGGUGAGCUUAAAGAACAACCAAACUCUGCCCGGGGGAGGGUGGGGGAGGCAGGGUGCCAGGAAGGCUCAGGGUUCGUCAGUCUCGCGCUUGCCCGUUACCAUCCUGGGGCAGGAUCUAGGCUCUCUGGAGGAGGGGCAGGUGGAGGAUUAGAAAGAGGGUGCCGCGAGUAUGGCCUUGUGCCUCAGGGUGACCCAGCUCCACAGCCAGGACCCGACUGGGCAGGCACACGGAGCAGCUGGCAUCCUGUAGAGAGCCUCUGCCCAAGUUGGCCUCUGGAUUCUGGCCCCUCUUCUCCAUUGGCUAUUGCUUUGGACUGGACCUGUGUCCCUGGGCCUGUUUCCCUCAGAGCCCAGGUAUCUGUUUGGCUGGCUGGCAGGGAAGCCCCUUCCCUCCUGGGCCAGGCCCUCGAGCAGUCUUCACCAGGCAACUCUCCUCCUCCAGGAUGUCUGCUAGGCUGCAAGGAGGACGAGGAGGCCAGCCCCUCACUCUCACCCGACCCUCCGGCCUUUCUCCCCGUUAGCCACAGCCGCUGCACUCUUUUUCCAGCCUACUAUCCACAGUGUAGAGGUCUUUGCUGCCCCAGAGACCAAGGCAAGUUCCUUUUCCAGGCCACAUCUGCCGACACUCACUGCACCUCCACAGGGAGGGAGAAGCUGCUCCAUAACUCAUUCUGGCUAUCGUCCCCGUCCUUGCCAUCCUGGCCACCCACCGCCUCCCCCCUCAUCACAUGACAAAGGAUAGUGUGCAAGAGAAGUAUUUUUAUGUAUCAUAAAUGUAUUUUGAGACAUAAGGAGAAGAAAGGUAGAAGGGUUUAUUUUAUUAAAUGAGCUCUGAUAGGACAGUGUGUGAGCAUUUGCAACGUAAGGGCCUCGGCUUCCCUGGAGAAUCCACUCCAGGUUUCCAGACAUGGGUGUUGGACUGUUAAGGGAGGGGGUGUGCCAAGGCACGUAUCGUGUGUCCACGUGCAUGCAUGUCUGUGCGUGUUGUGAAUGGGCACAUCACGUGACUCGCUGGGGCAAUUCCUAGAGAUUCAACUGCCCAGUUCUAACCAAUAUUGGCAGCAGCUGGACCUGGUAUUUCCUUGCUCACUGCCAGAUGUGGCCAACCUCUGCCCAUGCCCAAAGCUCUGAAGAAUCAUCUAGAUCCCUGUAGCAAGGCCCCUGGGGAGGCCACUCUCCCAUGCCCUUGGCCUGUCUGGCCACAUUGGCCAAAGCGCCAGGGCUGGAGUCUGGGACCUUUGGUUGUUCUUUAAGGCACUUCCUGCCACCUUCUCCCUCAGAUGCACAAACACUUUGUGCUCCACAUCAGUUUGGGGGGGUGGUGGGGGGGUGAUAUGAAUGUCACAGGAGGAGACACCUUCUGUCUUUGUUUCAAAGAAAGUGAUGUGCCAUUUGUUAAUAUACAAGAGAAAUAUUGAAAAUAUAUUGAAAAGAGCAAUUUUAAAUUAUUUUUGGCUUAUGUUGCAAUAUUUAUUUUCUUGUAUUAGAAGAGAUUCCUUUGUAGAGAAAAAAUGUAUUUUUCAUUAACGCAAAGACCUAUUUCUCCUUUUUGUACAUCGUCCAUGUUCGCAACCCUUAACGAGCAAUAGAAUGUAUGGCCACCUCGGUGUGGCCAGUGCCCGCCAUGCCCUGCAUGAUUCUGUGUUGCCGCUGCUGCAUAGCUCCCAGCCCCAUCCUGUCCUGCUCACUCAUGGGGGCUUCCAGACUCCGGACCCACCGAGGCCCGUGUCUCAGCCCUUUGCACUCCUCAUGUGUUGGCAAACGCAGUUAAUAAAGCAAUGUUUUCUGUGC